AUGGCAUCACAAAAUUUUGAUGAUCCUGAAGAAUUCGAAAACACAUCCAAAUCAACGAACGUUGAAAGACAAAGAAAAUGUGAACAAAAUGCCGAAAUACAAAAACUUAUUGACGAAAAUAAUUCUUUUGAAGCAAAGUAUAAGAAAUUGGAGCAACAAUUCAAUCAAAAUAAAGAAUACUUUGAAUCACGUUGCAAUGAAUUAGAACAAAAAUUAAAGGAUGAGAGAUCUCAAAUUCUAUCAUUGGAAAAAAGGAAUGGUGAACUAGAAAAAGAAGCAUCAAAUUAUCAAUCCGCUCUUGGAGUUGCAACGUCUUUUAAUUUAAGUGAUGAGGAUCAAAAUCACACGGUUCGACUUAACCAAGAUAUUUUAGCGUUACAUGAUACUUUAGAAAAUUACGUUACGAAUCUGAAACCUAAAAUAAACGUUGAUAUAAAAGUAGCGAAACAAAUUUUACGUAAAUAUAAAUGUCAAACAGAGAUUUCCGAUAAGGAUCCAAACAAACCAGUUAUCAAGGCCGCCUUACAACGUCACGUACUCGAAGAGAUAAUUAAACAGGCGGAUUUCUAUUUUACUCGUUCCAAUAUGGAACACUACCUGGAAUCAGAGAUUGUCUCGAAGACUGUUGAAUUAACAAAUUUAAUGGAAAAAUUUUAUAAGAACCGUCUCGGUGAUGAUAGAGUAACGCGUCAUACGCCGAUAAAGCUGCGUCAGCAAGUCUACUCCGCGCUUGGUACUCGAGGAUUUAAUGAUAUCACUUCUUCGAAUGGAACUUCUAGUCAUUCUAAGCAUGACUUUAUUUACAUUAUCUCGAAAAAAAUCAAUAAGAUGAUGAAUAAGGUUCGCGUAAUUAAAGAUGUUGAGAAGAGAAGAUAUGUUGACGCACUGGCAGGAGAUUUGGUUCGAGAUGUCGUUAGAAUUUUUUAUUUUCGUUUAAAAAUUCAAGAACCAAUGGCUCAAUAUCUUUGGUAUGAAAAUAACGAAAGGAUCAAUAAAUCUACCAUGAAAAGUGAAAAUUCAAAUUUAUCAAUUGAUUCAGUGAAUACUUAUGAUUAUGAUACCGAUCAAAUUGACUCUGAUGCCGAAACGUCAAAUAAUGAA